AUGGAUUCCCCGAAGCAAGAUGACUCACGCAGUCUGCCUGAAUCCCCUCGUUCGCUUCCUCUGGGCCGACGCGGCUCUCGCGGCUCCAUGGCAACUACUCAGACCGAACGAGAGUCGAUGAAUGCGACGUUGGAUCACUACCAUAACACGGCCUACCAGUCCGACUCCCUUACCCUAUUCAAUGAGUUUACAAGUCCACCCGCACCUGCCCCUACAUCUGAUGAGAAAGGACUGUCUGAAGAACUCCAAGGUGGACUGAGUGGACUCUACAGUCGCUUCAGGACUUCUGUUGGUGGGGUCAGAGAUAGUCUGAGUGGUAGUGGCAAGUCCACAGAUAAGAGCACAGUUGAAAAUGGCGCAAAUAGAACCCCUGCAUCGGAUCGUUCGAUGGUUAAAUCUGUCUCGGAUCUAGCUACCACCUCCGCUGAUUACCCGCCAUCACAGCCCAACUCGUCGCAAGGAUCAAGACUCCACUCACCUGUCGUGUCACACUUCCAAAACCACCAAGAACCAGCACCACAGCCGAAUGCGGGGGAAAGGUCCAGGAUAUCCUCCAAGAGCGGCAGCAUAUCUUCCAAAACCUCCGUAUCGCCGUCCCCUGGGCUCAAGACAAACAUAGCGCCAUUAACAAAGGCCAACGGGAGUUCCAACGCAGCCGAUCCCGCAGUGACUCAACUGCAUGUUAAUGUUGUUGGAAAUGCCGAACGUUCUAGCAACAGUUCUGUGAAUAUGCCGCUCCAAGCAGCUCACAAUGCUGAUACAACAAGUAUUGGCAGCAAGGAAGGGGCUGUUGACCUCUCCAUGAGCCAAACAUCGUCCCUUUUAAGCCAAAAUUUGUCUGGGUCACCAGUUUUGUCUGCAAAGAUGCAUGAUAGCUACCAUGAGGACCAAGGAAUAUCCAAUUCCAAAGAUUCAAUCUUCUCGGCAUCCCACACCCCAGAAAACCGACCACGCAGGUCGGUCUCUGUGACGGAUCAACAAAGGCAGCCUGAAGGCACACCUCAGUCGACCACUACACGGCAGUCCACGCAGGCUGAGGCAGCUCAGACCCAUGCAUCCCAGCAACCCGGGGAAAGAUCAAACUCAACGACAUCUUUCCGAUACGACGAGCCAAGAGCAUCGGUUUCCACUUCCAACAGUCUUUCGAGGCUUUCCUCUCACGACGAAGUGCCACAUCGCGUUGGCAAAGUACCAGUCAAUGUAUCACAAGCUGCGUCCCGCGAGGAUGACAAAAUUAGGGAACCGUCGAGGGCUACAUUUCCCAACAGACCCAAUGAGAAGUCGAGUACAGCAACCCGAGCAGGACGACUACCUGGUUACAUGAUGUCACGAACUUCCACCGCGGAAACCACCACGACAGUAUCUUCUUUGCCCCCACUGAACACUGCAGUCGAGCGGGUGGGCAGCCAAUCCCUACAGACCAAGCGCCGACCACCAAUUGGAGACAAUGGUGCUAUAUCGGAGCUGCGAAAUAAAUUGCUCAGCAGGGAUUUUUGGAUGCGUGACGAGAACGCCAAGGACUGCUUCCACUGUGGAGAGCCUUUCACAACAUUCCGCCGGAAACAUCAUUGUCGAACUUGUGGUCAGAUCUUUGAUUCAAAAUGCACGCUUCUCAUUUCAGGGGUAGGGUUUGGACAACCUGGCACUAUCAGGGUGUGUAAUCCUUGCGAGAAGAUGAUCAAUGCCCACGACAACGAUUCUUCGGACUUUUCCGAUAGCGAACAAAGUCCUAUUAUCGCCAACCCUCGGGUUUCUGAGCUUACUUGGGGCAAUGCUGGCCGCGCAUCAGUUGACGACGAUGAUUCAUCUUCCGUUAUAUCGCAGUCAAUCGAUCAUGUUCUGAGAACCCCGACAAUGGCUAUACCAGCCACACGACGAGCAGGCGAAGGCCAUAACCGCCGCUCGGCCGUAUUAGAGAUCAAUUCAGAUCGCCCUCUCGCACGACCUACGUCUUCACGUUCCCUGCGUUCAUCACUCGGAGGACGCCCACAUUCGAUCAGUCAUAAGCGCCAUCAUUCGCGCCAGCAAUACAUUCGCGGGUUCAAGCCAUAUCAUGAAGAUCGAGCUCCCUUCCAACGUCGGCAUGCAGAUGACUUGGACCCCGAAAGCCGACUCCCUGCUUUUCACAAGGAUAACAUCAUUGACCCUGAUCUUGCGCAGUAUCUUUCUGAUGACGCAUCCAGCGGCGAUGAGCAACCGAGUCUCUUGUCUGCUGUCUCUGAAGGGGUAUUAUCCAAAAGUGGCGGCGAGAGCGAGAGAGCCUCAUUUGGCGGGAUUCUAGCAGCAAUGAAGAAAGGAAGAUCAGCCUUUGGAGAACGGAGUACACCCAGUAUCAACCGAGACGGGGACGACGCAAGUCUUACCAGCUCAAAGGCAGUGAACCUGCCCCGGUUUUCUCGUCGCCGCAAUCUGAGUGUUGCUAGUAGUAUACACCCUCGCCAUUCACCCAGAACUUCGAAAGAUAGCAUGUUCCUCCAUGACACACCGGUGCCAGCAUUUUCCUUGACCGCGGGCCCAAAAGAAACUGGAUUCAAAAUGACUCGCAGUUCAUCGAUGAAAGGUAACGAGGCACCACCAGUGGAGUUGAACAGAGCUAGCCUGGAACACGUCCGAAAGCUUCUUCAUCAGCUCCUUGUGGAAUCUACUGUGCCCAACGGAGCAGGCUGGGAGAACGCCCUCAUGCCAAUACUUUUAAAGGCGGCCGACGAAGUUGAUCCGGAUGUCCAACAUGGGGAUGACAUGGACAUACGCCAUUACGUCAAGUUGAAAAAGAUCCCAGGUGGUCGUCUUGGUGACACUUCCUAUGUAUCAGGUCUCGUUUUCACCAAGAAUUUGGCUCUGAAGGGCAUGUCCCGAAACAUCCCGCGGCCGAACAUCCUCAUUAUCACAUUUCCUCUCGAAUACGCUCGUCAGCAACAUCACUUCAUGAGUCUCGAACCUGUGAUCCGACAAGAGCGCGAGUUCUUGGAAAACUUGGUCAGUCGAAUCGCGGCCCUGCAUCCAAAUCUACUCCUGGUUGAGAGGAAUGUGUCUGGUCUAGCCCUUGGUCUUCUGGAAAAAGCUGGAAUCGCAACUGCUUACAACGUGAAACCUUCUGUCCUUGAAGCUGUAUCGCGAUGCACACAAACUCGGAUUGUCACAUCCAUGGACAAGCUGUUAACAACCACCCUGCACAGUGAAUGCAGUAGCUUUGAUGUGAAGACCUACGUCCACUCCGGGCGGAAGAAAACAUACAUGUACAUCUCAGGCUGCCCGAAAGAGCUGGGCUGCACUAUUGUUCUGCGGGGUGGAGACGAGGACGUCCUUGCCAAAGUGAAGAAGAUCACCGAGUUCAUGAUCUAUGUUGUAUACAACCUUCGCCUGGAAACGUGUGUCAUGCGAGAUGAAUUCGCAAAGAUACCAACCUCGCCAACAGAGACUACAGUCGUUGUUAACGAAAGAGACAACAAGGGAAACCCACAAAUCACAGUCCACGGAGGUGAUCAGCGACCGAACGACUCGAGUGCUUCAUUGGAGAAGAAUGAGAAACCGGCUGGCGUUUCUGAUAGUCAAACAUUCGUACCUGCCGAUGCUGCAGAGGUCCCGGAUGAUGUCCCGAUGCCAACAUACUACGAUGAUAUGGUUCGGGAUCACCAGACCAAGAUUCUUUCUGCUUCACCCUUCGUCAAGUUUGAGCCUCCAUAUCUGUUGACGCGUGCGCGGGAAAUGGAGCGAAGAUUGGCAUACCUGAAACGUCUUCGGGGACAAGACGACACCUCCGAUGAACUCACGGAUGAGAAGGCCAAGCCCCAAAAAUUUAUGUUGAUCACUCCAGAAAUGGCACAUCAAUCACCCCAAGAUGCUCCCGCAAAGGUCAAGGAAGUGCUGCGUGCUGCGCAUGAAGCCGAAUAUGAUCGAGCAUUCUAUCAUUAUCAAACCCAAAAGCGCCAGUGGGAGGCAUAUGUAUCGGGGGCGACGAACAUGUUCGACCCUUAUGCACACCAAAACAUUGUCAUUCUUUACAGCCUUGUUUGCACCACAACCUCAGUUCCAUGCUCUGGACCGGAUGUUUUUGCCCUGGAGUUCUACAAUGAGCACGGCGACGAUACAAUGGUCGAGUCAGACCUUACACUGGGGCAAUAUGUCGAAGAUCUCUGUCACACAGCAAGCUCUCUGUGUGCUGUCAACGGCUGCGAGAAACACAUGUUCGAACAUCACCGCCAGUAUGUCCAUGGAGAUGCUCAGAUCAGCGUCCUAGUUCAACCCCAUCCUUCCAAGCUCCGUGGACUCCAGGAUGUUGUGCUCAUGUGGAGCUGUUGCAAGAUUUGCGGCAACGAGACUCAGGUGACGCCCAUGUCCGAGAGCACGUGGAAAUAUUCGUUUGCAAAAUACCUGGAAUUAUCUUUCUGGGGUAGAAAUCUGCACGCUCGUGCUGGAGUCUGUCCUCAUGACCUGCAGCGAGAUCACCUCCGCUAUUUCGGUUUCAAAGAUGUUGCCUUGCGGGUUCAAUACGAUCCCAUCCGUCUUCUUGAGAUCAUAGUUCCGCGGCCUCGUGUUACUUGGAAGGUAGACAAUGACUUGAAGUUAAGAAACCAAGUCUAUCUGCGAACAGAACAACGCCUCAACAAAUUUAUGGCAUCUGUCCAAGCCCGUUUGAAGGGCAUAAAUGCCGAGAGUGUAGUCCCCGGGCUGCUGGACAGCUGCAACAAAGAAAUUGAACAGUUGAUCAAAAAGGGACACGAGGACCAUGUCACUUUGGUUCGCCAUUUACAAGACACAUACACGAGUUCCCGCUACUGGGAGAUCAUACCGUUGAACGAAGUUCUCCGUGCAACCCAAGAGAAGGUGGUUGAAUGGGAUACAACGUUUGCUGAUUUUGAGAAGAGUUUCUUCCCGUCCGAGAAAGACAUCAAGCACAUGGCCACGCUUCAGCUCAAGAAGAUUUUCCUCGACAAAGAUGCAACAUCCAUGAUUCCAGAAGAUGCACUUCAGACAUCCAACGGCAUGGAGGAUGAGAACAACCAAGCAGACGACAGGCCCCGAAUGAUGCGGCGCAUGACUCUUUCUCCAGAAAAAGCACAGAACAUGUUGGUUUCUGUUGUUGAAGAGCAUGCAGGGAAGAAGCAUCGUGAGCAGUCACCAUCUCCAAUGUCAGCCGAGGAAGCCGUUCUGCCUGAUGAUAUCGUGGACGAGAAGAUAUCUUCACCCCAAGACGAGGCUGUGUCACAAGAAGAAGUCCGUCACCUUGACUUGGCAGUGCCUGCUGGUCAAUCAGAGCGAACCUCCGCUGACCCGGUCGGUAUCCCCACCCAGCCGCUGGCCAGCCCUAGUUUCUCUGCGACAACGCCUCCUAGUGACGACUUAUCAAAACACACGCCCCCUAAGGCCUCAGAUGUGUCUGAACAAGACGAAGCAACCGCAAAGGAAGACGAUGGAGUUGAAGAGUUGCCAAGCACUCCACUGCGUCGGUCUUCAGCGAUUCCCAGACCUACAGAGGCAGCAUUCCGACGUAAUGGUAAGAUGCGUUCACCUCCGCUCAUGCGCGCACAAUCUCAGCCAGUCAACGUACCACGCGUCAACAACAGCAUCCCACUUCCUGGUUUGCGGAUGGCUCUCACCAACACCGUCGAGCCAGAAAAGAAUCCUGUUGUGUCUCCCACCAAGUCUUCUGACAAAAAGCUGACCGAUCGAUUGGGACUGAGUUCAUUGAAGAAUGCUCGGUUUGCCACUGGUCAUUCACUUAUACCACGCUCCGCUCCAAGUAAAAAAGGAGUCUCCAGGGUUUCAAAUCUUGCCAGACAUUUUGAGCAGAUGAGCCGCGAAUUCGAGAAAGAGCGGCAGCGCGAGAGACGCCAGCGAGCUGCGAAGGGUACCCAUUCGCGGGCAUUCCCACUAGCCUCGUCGAAGCCCAUUGUAGAAGUUUACCGCAACGUGAGAGAGGCGGUUGAAGAGCGUGAGCCACCGGCCGACAGCGACGAAUCCUUGCCAUCGGUUCCGCGGAUCCCAACAGAUGAUUUGAACCGCAAAAGCGAUGAGCUCGUUCGGGACAGGACCAAUGAUGAGCCCACUCUUCCAAAUGCAUCAUCUACGGAGGUUCUAGAUACAGAAGAGGCUCUUCAUCGUGAGCCACAGCUCCAGUCCGACGGAGAGCCAGACGAUCAUCACAGUGAUGAGGAUCAUCUCCCAGCUGAUGAACUUCAUCCGGUUGAUUCUCACGAAGAGGUCAAACACUCGGCAGAGGAUGAUUCAGUGGAUUACAAGGAACUUCCAAAGCACGAACGUACCACACUUCUGAAAAUGCUGACGAAUUUCUGGUCCGAACGUUCUGCGAGUGGAUGGACACCUCUUGAGUAUCCCCUCAGUGUCAUGGAUCACGUCUUCGCCGAUUGCGAUAUUAUCGUACGCGAGGAUGAACCCAGCUCCCUGGUAGCAUUUGCUUUAGACUCUUCCGACUACAAAGAAAAGCUUUCCAGUAUCCAGCAGCGUUACGAUGAGACGGAGGAACACGAGUCGGAGCCCGGUGAUGAUGCUGAGGCUCUCAAGGAAGCAAGAGUCGAACAUGCUCUCUUGCGUCCCACAGGAACACAUCUCAAGUAUCAAUUCCAAGAGGGCCAGGCCAAAAUGCUGUGCAAGGUGUUCUAUGCCGAGCAAUUUGACGCCCUGCGAAAGAAAUGUGGCGUGGCGGACCGAAUCGUCGAGUCCCUGUCCCGGUGUGCAAAGUGGGAUUCGAAGGGUGGUAAGACAAAAUCGUUGUUCUUGAAGACUCUUGAUGAUCGCUUCAUCCUCAAAUCACUGUCCACGAUCGAAACACAGGCCUUCCUCAAGUUUGCUCCGGCCUACUUCCAGAUCAUGUCCGAGGCUCUGUUCCACGAACUGCCUUCGGCAAUUGCCAAGAUGUUUGGCUUCUAUCAAGUGAUCAUCAAGAACCCAGUCACAGGAACCGAGUUCAACUGGUUCCUAUUGCUCAUGGAGAACCUCUUCUAUGAUCGUGUCCCUACGCGUAUCUUCGAUCUCAAGGGAUCGAUGAGGAAUCGCAAAGUCCAGAGCACCGGUGAACGGGAUGAGGUCCUCUUGGACGAGAACAUGGUGGACUUCAUCUAUGAAACACCCUUGUUUGCCCGGGAGCAUUCCAAGAAACUCCUUGCCCAGAGUGUGUGGAAUGACACACUCUUCCUGGGUCGCCAAGAUGUGAUGGACUACUCGCUCAUGAUCGCCAUUGAUGAAAGCCGCAACGAACUCGUGGUAGGCAUCAUUGACUGUAUUCGCACUUAUACCUGGGACAAGAAGCUCGAAUCCUGGAUCAAAGACAAAGGGUUUGGCGGUGGUGGCCGCAACCGCCCAACAGUGACGAGUCCAAGAGAGUACAAGGGCCGAUUCCGUGAAGCCAUGGCUAGAUACGUGCUUCAAGCCCCAAGCUGCUGGCAUCAAUUCCAACCAACCUUGCAAUAUCGCCCUGAAAACCAAGGCUUUGAACUCGAAGCUGUCGAGGGAACAGGGUCCUUCGAAGACAGCGGGUUCUAG